AUGAAUUUACCUACGUAUGACUGGUCCAGACGGCAGAACGGUCCGCCCAGCUUUCACAAGUUUUCAUUGGAUCCCACAUUUAGGUACCUAACGACCCAAAGCAACCUAUCGCGCCUUGAGUAUUGCUGUACAGCCAAGCCCAGUCGACAAUCGCGCUCCUUGUCGAGAUGGAAAUCCUUACUUGCUUGCCUCGCCACAAACCCAGCCCCAUGCCUU